GUAAGGGCCGACAGGAACUGGCCGCGGGUUUUGCGGCCGCGGCGGCCGCGCUUGGCGGCGGCGGAGCGGGAGCUGCCCAGACGCGGCGGAUAUGGCCGAGGUACCGCCGGGGCCUAGCAGCGUCCUGUCCCCGCAGGGGGACACGCUCUCCCCCUUCCCCGGAGGAGGAGGAGGAGGAGGGGGGGCUGCUUCCUCCUCCUCCUCCUCCGCCGCCUCCUAUGCCGCCGCCGCCGCCGCUUGCACCGGCGCCCAGGACGAGGAGGCCGAAGAGGAGGAGGAGGAGGAAGAGGAGGGACCGGCGGGCGGACGGGAGCAGCAGCAGCGAGGAGGAGGAGGAGGAGGAAGCGACGGCGGCAAGGGGGGCCCGCAGCACCGCCACCACCACCGCCACCACCACCACCCCCCGCACCACAACCACCAGCUCAACGGCCUCAUCAGCCCCGAGCUGCGGCACCUGCGGGCCUCCCUCAAGGGCAAGAUCCUCGGCUCGGAGGCAGGGGCGGCCCCCGAGGGGCUGGAGAACAAGCGAGCCAGCAAAACAAUGGGCUCCGGACAGCAGCAGUCGUCGCCCCCCACCGCAGCGCCCUGCUCGUCCCCCCACGCCAACCACCUCCCUCCCCAGGGAAGGACUGCACCCUCUCCUCCUCCUUCUCCCCCGGCCAAAGGGGACAGGAGCCAGCCUGCUGCCACAGCCGCGACUGCUGCUGCUAAGACUGCAGCCCGCAAUGGGCUGGCAGGAGAGACUGGCUUGGAGGAGGAAGAGCAGGAGGAGGGGGAUGAAGGAGGGGAGGAGGAGGAGGAGCCCCUGCAGCUACUCUCCGGGUCCUUAGCAGCAGCGUGCAGUUUGAAAGGCUCGGGAACGGACUGUCAGCCCGAGGAGGACCUAACGAUACGAUACGUCCAGUAUGAGUCAGAGCUGCAGAUGCCCGAUAUCAUGAGACUGAUCACCAAAGAUCUGUCUGAACCCUACUCCAUUUACACUUAUAGGUAUUUUAUCCACAACUGGCCACAACUUUGCUUUUUGGCCAUGGUAGGUGAGGAGUGUGUAGGUGCCAUCGUCUGCAAGCUGGAUAUGCACAAAAAGAUGUUCCGCAGAGGUUAUAUAGCCAUGUUAGCAGUGGAUUCCAAAUACAGAAGAAAAGGAAUUGGUACAAACUUGGUUAAGAAAGCUAUUUAUGCUAUGGUUGAAGGAGAUUGUGAUGAGGUUGUAUUGGAAACAGAAAUCACAAAUAAGUCUGCUUUGAAACUUUAUGAAAACCUUGGUUUUGUGCGAGACAAGAGGCUGUUCAGAUACUAUUUAAAUGGAGUGGAUGCACUGCGUCUGAAACUGUGGCUGCGUUAGGAGACCCCAUCCCAGCCAGCAAGCGACGUCCCAGCAGCGCAGAGUUGUCCUUUGCAUGCAAUGCAAUUUGUCCAAAAAUUGCUUUGCAAGGUGGACUUUAGUACUUUCCAUGCAGCUCUUAAACCUGUCAGUGUCCCAUUGAGUGUCGCACACAUUCGUUGCACUUUGGCAUGGCGCAUUUGUUCCGAAUUAAAGCCGAUUGUCUCAGACUCCGAGUCCUUUUGGUACCAGCCAGAUGUGCCAGGUGAUAGCCAAGAUAAUGUUCAUUCAUUUGCAAGUCUGCUGACUCUUUAGGACAUCCACACAGUGAACGUUUUAGCAGAGAAAACCUGGAUGGGAACGCCGCUUUUGGUUCCCGAAAAUUCAAAAUAAAGCCAAUGUAGAUUGUAAAAUUCUAUAAGUAUACUAACAUUUCAUACAAAAAUUGCCAUAGUUUUCUGGGGAAGAAGAAGAAAAAGAAAAAAAAGGCUUCAAUUUUAGGUUUUAUUUUUCAAUAAUGAAUUUUUCCAUUCUUAAAUAUUGGUACCUCAGUGAUUAGUGAAUGAAAAAAUGUAUCGUAGGGUGGGGUGUGUGUUACAACGAGUAACCAUUAAAUUGCGUCUGCCAGUGCCUGUAUAGAUAAGUAUAUUUGUCUUCACCUCUAAGUUUGGAGUGCAUGCUUUUAUUCUUUUACUUUCUUCAGUUGUCUUUGCAAGGAAAAAAAAAAUCUGCUUUUAUUUAAAUUCUGGAUUUGAUAAUAAAUUAUUUCAGAUUUUUAUAAUUCGGAUACUUCUCCCAAACAAAGGUUUGGAAGGCCCUUCUUAUAGCAAGAAGUGUAAGCUAUUUUGAAAACCUUGAGUAGCUGCUAAAAGAACCUAGUGGCACCAGUGAAUCUCUGCUGGGUUUGGAUGCACUUUUGUCAUUAAAAGAGUGAGGGACUUCUUUUAAAAGAAGAUAUAGAAAAUUAAUGUAAAUUGGUAUGAUUUUUAUUUAAUCAAAAUUAUUGCUAGAAGCGCUGAGAAACAGCUAUUUUAAGAUAGUUGGAACAAUUUUUUUUCCAGAUUCAGAUUGCUUUGCUUCAGUGUUCUAAAAUGCUUCAGUCUUUGGUUCUUGGUCUUGGAAGUGAAUUUCAAGGUGUAUCAUAUUCAUUUUCAGCUGCUCUCAUUUUCUCAACUUACAGGAGCUAAAUUAUUGGGGGAUUUUUUUUCCCCUCUAAAAUCAAAGCAGCGGGGAAGGAAUUCUGCCUCUCUUUCUUGCAUUCACUCUUGCUCUGUUUUUCUUUUUUUUUUUUUCCUUUCUUUAUUUGGGCUUACAUAGGUUUUACCAAUACCCAUCAAUUUUUUCAGUAAUGACAGCGUCGAGGCUUUCUUGUUCCGUGUGAUUCCACAGCCCAGGUCUAUGAAUCAGUUGGGUUGGGUUUUUUUGUGGGUUUGUUUUGUUUUGUUUUGUGGGGGGGGGGGGUCUCUAUUUUGUUUUGGUUUAUUGGGGGUUUUUGGUUUGGUUUUUUUUUUUUUUUUUUUUAGUUUUGAAAGACAAAAAUAAAGGUAUUAGGUGACUUGUGGAAGCACCUCUGUAAUCAGAGAUCUCAGAAUAUUCAAAGUUGGAAGGGACCCACCAGGAUCAAGUCCAGCUCUGAGGUGAAUGGUCCUUACAGGGAUCAAAAGGAUGAACUCUCAGUGAAUCCACGUUCAUGGAACCGAGCGAAUUCUCCACAGAUUUGCCUUACUACACUUUUUUUUUUUCCUUUUUAGGGUUUGAUUUGAGUCGUGGGGUUGGUUUUGGGGGGGUUUUUUUGUUUGUUUGUUUUCAUUUUUGCUAAUUACUGUACACUAAAAACAAAACCAACAAAACCCCUACCUCCAGUAUCAUUUGGAAAAGAUCCCUGUGCAGGAAAACUGGAUUUGAGCAAAGCCGCCUUUUGCACAGACCAAUCGCACAUGGUGAUGGACGUUUCUUACCAUGUACAAAUCAUGAGUUGUAUUUGGAAAUAAAGAUUUUUAAUGGAA